AUGAUACUUUUUAAAGUCUAUGGUGUAAUCAGUCAGAGCAUAGUCCAUGAGGAAGUGGAACGGGAAAGCAGAUGUCAGUCAUCCACUAGCCACAACAUAGAUAACUCUGAUAUCGACGAUGAUAUCUCUGUCGGUGAUAAUCGAAGUGAGGCGUCCACACCUCGAAAGAGGCGUUUUGGUUUCGAAGACGACUCCGACUUUUACCAGAAAAAAAUUAAUACUGAAGACAAUGAAAGGUCGUCACCAACGGAAUAUAAUUUAAAUCGAUUACAAAAUUCUAGUUAUAACUCGCCUUUCAAAGAAGAAGAAAAUGAGUACGACCGUACUGAAGAAUCUAUGAAGUUGUACGACAACGGACUCUUUCAUUUGUACAGAACAGAAAGAGAUGGGAGUAAGGAUGAGGCAAAGGAGUCUUUUGGAAUGGCUGGGAGUCUUCCCGAGGGUAUUUAUGGCAGAUCUAUGGAUCUAUCCAAGAGUUCAUUCCAGUCGCAGUUGCUGGCUGGGUUUGCGUCUGUGAUGGCUGGAAGUUCGCAAAGGGAAUCACAGGAGGCCGCAGACCGACAGCAACCUAAAGCUGCUACGCCAACAGCGGGUCGCAAGCCGCGUAGACGUCGCACAGCGUUCACACACGCGCAACUCGCUUACUUAGAGAGGAAGUUCCGCUGCCAGAAGUAUCUUAGCGUGGCAGAUCGUGGAGACGUAGCCGACGCACUAAGUCUCAGCGAGACGCAGGUGAAGACAUGGUAUCAAAACCGACGAACAAAAUGGAAGAGACAGAAUCAACUGCGACUCGAGCAGCUACGCGCUCAGGCGGCGAGUGGCGAAAGGGAGUUAUCCGCGCACGCACUACCGCUGGCCUGCGCUCUGCUACCCCCUUACCCGGCGUAUAUGCAUUGCCAUUUGUAA